AUGCUGGAGCAGCACCCACCGGGCGACCCCAGCUGCCCGGCGUCUACUGCUGCCAGGCGCUCGCGUUGCGCCGGGAUGAGGGCGUUAGGUGUCUCCGUGGCACGGACCGCGGGCUCGGCCCACGCUACCACCUUGUCGAACGGCCUUUUGCUCAGACCUCCGUCGGGAGGGGGAACUGGACUGAAGUCCUGAAGGCCAGAGCGCUUGGCCACGUCCCCUCCCCCAUACUGUUACUAACUUUCCUUCAAUCUUAUUAAUCCUGAACACUCCCUUUUUUUUCCAUCCAUACAUCACUGGCCAGCUGGAAAUGGCACUCACCGGGUGAAAACAGAUGCUACGUGCUGUUUCUCUGUGGCUUGAGUCUGGAGGGCUGCCGUCCCGUGGCAAACGGACUGUCCCUGACACCUAGCCCAGUUCCUUGCCAGGGCACCCCAGUGGGUGUCCCCCAUUGAGGCAGACUCGGGAGUGCAGAGCAGGAGCCGUCGGGGAGGGGGCCAGCAGGCUGCCACCUACCCCAAGCCCCAGCUGUCAUCUCCCAGGCCUAGGUGCCCACGACACCUAGGCUCACCGUCGCCUGGAUGCUGCACAGCCACUGUGAGCUGGCGCCGCUGCUGCCGCUGGGUCCGAUGCCGGUGAUACCCAUCCCUCGGCGGGUGCGCUCCUUCCAUGGCCCGCACACCACCUGCCUGCAUGCCGCCUGUGGGCCUGUGCGUGCCUCCCACCUGGUGCGUACCAAGUACAACAACUUCGAUGUGUACGUGAAGACGCGCUGGCUGUACGGUUUCAUCCGCUUCCUGCUGUACUUCAGCUGCAGCCUGUUCACUGCGGGACUCUGGGGCGCGCUGGCGGUGCUCUUCUGCCUGCAGUACCUGGGCCUUCGUGUGCUACUGCGCUUCCAGCUGAAGCUGUCUGUGCUGCUCCUGCUGCUGGGCCGCCGGCGCGUGGACUUCCACCUCAUGAACGAGCUGCUCAUCCGUGGCAUCCACGUGACUCUGCUGCUGGUCGGGGGCCUCGGCUGGUGCUUCAUGGUCUUUGUGGACAUGUGAGGGGCCGCAGGCCGGUGCCAGGCUUGCUCAGCUGUGUCCAGACACAGUUCCAUUGGCGUGGGGCUGGGUGUCUGCCCCAUCGGCAGUCAGGCUGGCGUCACACGUUCCCAUUCAGAAGCCGAAAGGACUGAGACUACACCAUCCGUGUGUCCAUCCCACCCUCCGACCGCUCCCCGCUGAUGCUCUGGGGCCUCCUGCCCACCGUGCUUGUUCAGUUGUCCUGCGGGGUGGCUCCUCUGUCCUACCUGUGCUCUGAGACCGGUGGACAGGGAGUGGGUACAGGAACAGAUCUGGAGAGGUUUCUUCAUGGCACACCCCCUUCCUGUGCGCCCCUGGUCUCAACCACAGCCUCAGGGAUGGUCAGGCUCCACUAGUGACACCACACUGCCGCGUGCGUUCUGGCCCAGCCACAGACACCCUCCUUUGUCUGUCACCCCAAGGGGGCUGUGUGGGUCCUGAAUCCCAGGCUGUGUCUCAGAGCUGCUGCAGUUUGCUGCAGGGCCAGCCCAAGCAGGGGAGGUAGCCAGGUGCCAACCGCAUGCAAGCAGCUCUGUUGCCUUCACCUGGGGCAGAUCUCAAGGAGUUGAGCCUGUGCUGUGAAUGGCUGAAAAUGCGGGCUUCCAAGGAGUGCCUCUUCCUAACUCCUGGGGCAGUUCUGGGGUCUCUGUGAGAGCAUCCAGGGUUAGACCUGGCUGCCUAGAGGGAUGUCAGGUUCAGACAGGCCUGCCCCGGAAAUUCUGGGCAUUCUGAAGGUGCCUUCCAGGUGCCGCAUGCAGCAGGCAUCUGGGAGGGCUGCUGGCCUCUGUCCACUGCUACAGCAUCCUGGGUAGGGACCCCUUGCUCCAGCCCCAGGAGGAUGAGGUUAUGGUGCUGUGGCGGCCAGCACAGCUUACUGGUGAGGGGCUCUGGUUCAUAGCGCCAGAGUGGGGAUGAGGCCAGUGGGAGAAUGACUAGUUGGCCAGCCUUUGCUUUACCUCGAAUAGUUUUCCCCAUACCUAGGCACGGAUCAUGUCCCUUUGACCCUGCCUGCCAGGCAGACCAGAGCCAGGGAAUCGGGACAGAUUCAUCCACUGAAGAGAAACUUAGAAAAUUGCCAACCAGGUGGGACAGCAAGGCCUACUGGCUGAAAAGUGCUCCUGUUUCCAGCUAGCUUUGAGCUUGGCCUCCUGACGGGAGGGCUCUGCCCCAGAGUGCCUGUGUAGUUUCCCCCAGGGGACAGGUGGGGCACUCCCGGGAGGACCCACUUCUCGCUGCCGAGAAUCUUUUGCACUAACUCCUGCUCUUUCCUCAAAGCAGCUUUGUUUUGUGUUAGUUGACUGGUUACUCAGCGCUGCCAGAGCCCCCUUGUGUGGGGCCAGUGGGGAGGGAUCUGGCUGGGCCACCUUGGGUGUGGAUAGGACCUUGUCAUGCUGCACACCCUGCUGCCUGUGUCCUGAGUGCCUGUUCAAUUCUUUACGAGAUGAAACUCCUGCAUUAAACCUAUUUUUUUAACAUGUCGAUCAAGUGA